UAACAAUUCAUAGCGCUCCGAAGACAUCGAAGAUUCUUGCUUCAACAGUGAUUGAACGGAACUUCAUCCUCCGAGCCGAUUUUUGUUUUUUAUUGCACGUUUUGACAAGAAAACAAGAAAAACUGCCAAAAUGGAGUCUCAGAUCCGCCAGAACUACCACCGGGAAUGCGAAGCUGCCAUCAAUCGCAUGGUCAAUUUAGAGCUUUUUGCCUCCUACACCUACACUUCAAUGGCUUUUUACUUCUCCCGUGAUGACGUGGCUCUCCAAGGAUUCUCAAAGUUCUUCAAGGAGAACAGCGAGGAGGAACGUGAGCAUGGCGACAAGCUCAUGUCUUUCCAAAAUAAGCGAGGGGGACGCAUCUCCCUACAGGACAUCAAGAAACCAGAGAGAGAUGAGUGGGGCAGCGGGCUGGAGGCCAUGAGGUGUGCCCUGCAGCUGGAGAAGAACGUCAACCAGGCCCUUCUCGACCUCCACAAAGUGGCUUCUGAUAAGGGAGACCCACAUCUGUGUGACUUCCUGGAGACCCACUACCUGAAUGAGCAGGUGGAGGCCAUCAAGAAGCUGGGAGACCACAUCACCAACCUCACCAAGAUGGACGCACACAACAACAAGAUGGCCGAGUACCUGUUCGACAAGCACACCCUGUGCUAAACUUCAGAUCAUUAGGACCUUCAGUUUCCUGGAGAAUACCACCCGUUUGUAGUGUUUUUUUGUGUGUUUUUUUAACCUUUUAAUUUUUCUGUAUACCAUUCCCUAAGGGAUGUUUUAAUGGUUUGAUGUUACUGACUGAUGUGUUGUCAUCUGGAUUGUUGUAUCUGGCAUUGGUGGUAUGUAUGCUCUAGUGAAUCUUACUCAAUACACAUUUUGAGUUGCAGUCUUUUUGACAUUUAUUGUUUCUGAAAUAUGACUUGAAUUGGAUAUAAACAGUCGAGAGA